UACUAGCGGUUAGUGUUUGUUAUUCCGACGACGUUUACUUGCCAAAAUACUGCAACGAUCUUUGCCCUGUUCUCAAUUUAUUACCUCGCGCAUGCGCAAUAGAGGCCUUUCUCCUCGUGGUCGUAUCAAAAUGGUGUUCAAGCGAUUUGUAGAGAUUGGCCGAGUGGCCUACAUCAAUGAUGGCCGUGAUAGUGGGAAGCUGUGCGUUAUUCUGGAUGUAGUCGACCAAAGAAGAGCUCUGGUGGACGGCCCCAACAUGAGACGACAGGCCAUUUCUUUCACAACGCUCUCUUUAACUGACUUCAAGAUUGGUAUCUCUCGCUCCGCUCGUCAGAAGCAGGUAAAGGCAAAGUUCGAGGAGGCGGACAUUGCCAAUAAGUGGCAACAAACUUCCUGGGCCAAGAAGAUUGCCAGGAGAGAAAAACGAGCGAAUCUGACCGACUUUGAUCGUUUCAAGCUCCGAGUUUUGAGGCAACAGAAAUCUCGCAUUAUUCGUGGUGGUGUUAACAAGCUCAAGAAAGCGGCAGCUGCAGCGGCCCAGUGACUGUAGAUUGUGCUUUAAUACUUGUCUGUUGGUCAUUUUACUAUUGAUGCAAAUGAUGAUACAAUGGUUGUGUAAUA